UCGAAACGUAGGCUUUGCUCUGUCGAGAAACCACCGGGAACGAACUAAAAAAAGAACAAAACAAAACAAUCAAUUUUCAAAGAAUUGCCCCUAAAAGGUGCAUAAUUGCGUUUCAAUUUUCCAUGAUGGAUGUAAAGCGCGCAAUGGCUCUAAAUGAGGUUAUGAGGAUCCCAAGAAGCAUGUGGCAGAAUUUCCACUAAGAUGUGCUGCAUCUGCGCUGCACGCUGGGCUGAUUGGAAAUUUCAGUGGAAGUAUUAGUGGAAGACAGACGCUUCCUGUAACCGCGUAUAUCGCACAGAUAAAUGGAGUAACGGAAAAGAGGAGAGGGAGGGGGGCCUCAGUAAACUUGACACAGCAUUCAAGGGAUGAUCGGACAACUCGUGUUAACUCUCCUCUUCAGGUACCGUUUCCUAUAAUUACCACAUAAAUUUGUGGAGUAGUCCACAGGGGACAGUCCUCUCCCCCCGCCGUCGGGGAGAUAGAAUAAAAAGCGACUGGACGCACAAGAGGGGGCAAACUUGGAACUUGGAGCGCCACACGGGAUAAUAUUAGAUUCUUCUUCUUCUUUUUUGCGCGUUUUCUUUGCACGUCCGGCGCUUGGAGGGUGAUCACCAGCCAUCAGCGACCACACAUAUGACUUCCGUAGCUUUAACUCUACCCAAAGAGGAACCGACUUUUUAAAAAGUGAACACUUACUGGGAUCAGGACGGGAACGCAACAGAGAGAAAAAAAAGUUACGCACAUGUGCAUCGUUUUGGCAGGACGCACCAGACGCAGUCAGCGCGUAAGAGAACUUUGAAAAGGUCUCCAAAAAGAAAAGAGUUUACUUUUUUCCUCCUUGGAUCCACUUUCCACUUUCCUCACUACACUGGAGCUAUGAGCGCACCGCGCAAACCCGUUGUUGUGGGACUGCUGCUAUUGAUGUGCGCUCUGACCGAGCACUGCGGCGAGAGCGCGCCCACCGCGGCGGCCGGCGGGGACGCGCCGCGGAGUUUGAGGCGGAUGGUGGAGAUCAUGAAGCACGUGGGGGAUAACCGGGGCAGACACCCAACAAGAACGGAAGACAGCGCGUCGGUAGAACAGAGGGACUUCCGCGGCAAGACGGACAAAGGGAACCAGGCUCUGGUUUUAACCCCCACAGAUUAUAAAACGAAAGAGAGAAUAAUAAAAUAUUUCACAGGUCCACUCGUGUUCAGCUCCAAGUGCAGGAAGAACGCGUACAGACUUUACCACCACACCAGAGACUGCACGUUACCUGCAUACUUCAAAAGAUGUGCGCGACUUCUCACACGGCUUGCAGGCAGCCCGCAGUGCACAGAGGGGUAGCGCGUGCACACUCAAAAGGUUGAAGUCAAACAUGUGUGCUUCAGAAGAAAAGAUACAAAAAAAAUACAUUGGUGAAAAAGUGCCUUGGACAGUGAGAGGGAAGCUUAAAUCUGACCGGCCUGUCUGACUUUAGGCACAGCGUUUUGCUUCACUCACGUCCCUUCUGCUGAGGUGAAAAUUGCUGCCAAUCACCACUUUGGCUGGGCCUCAAUGGUUAGCUGUCAUUACACAGAAGGAUCGAGGCAAGGAAAACACAGAGCAGGUGAAGAGUGAAGAGAAGAGGAGCUGGCAAAGACAAGCAAAGUGGGGGCUUUUCUUCCACUGCACUGGAUUUCUAAAGGAUGUUGCUUAAACAAAUAAUAAGAAACAAGAAUCACUUUCCUUUUGAGACAUUUUGCCCUUGUUGCGUGUUUUAGGUUGACAUUGACCCUUCUACUGCACUAUCACGAUCUAAAAACAGAAGUUCUCGCUGACCCCCAGCUGGUGACAGAGUAGUCACCCACUUGUGCUCAGAAUGAACUGUCAUUAAAUUAUUGCAAGAACAUUUUUCUGAAAGACCAAAAACACAAGUGGUGGCUUUAAGCCAUAGCCAACCUGUGGAUAGACUAACCCUGGGUACUGCGUGGUAAAGACCAUGUUUAUGUAUUUUACUCGUCAAAUGGCUUAGUGGUACAUAAAUCAUAGGUCAUGAUCUGUCUGCCCAGGAGUGUAAUGUAUAUACGGUAAACACAACCAUAGGAAGAAUCCACCAUUAAAGAGCGUGGCUGGCCUUUAGCACAAAGGUGUUAUAUAUGUAAAAGUGUAUAUCUAUAUAUA